AUGUCUUCUGCUCCUGGACUAGAUGACUUUGAAUCCACCGACGUCCCCACCGCAGUGGAGGCAGGCGACGACCAAGUUGCUAACAUUUCCUUUUCUUGGUGGAUCGCUAUUCUCCUAGUAGUGUUUGGAAUAAGUUCAUGGGUUGCUAUCAACGGGCUGUGGAUGGAGCUUCCGCUUCUGGUAAAUGUACUUCCAGAAGGAUGGAAUCUUCCGGCUUACCUGGCUAUAAUUAUCCAGUUGGCCAAUAUCGGACCCCUACUUUACGUACUUGUUACAAGGAUCGGUCGUGCCUUUGGGCGUGGGCACAGCGAGAGUUGGUUGAUGCGACUCGUUCAGCCCCCAGAAAGACUAGCCAAUUACACUAUACUCAUCGUCGGGCUGGUUGCCUCCCUUCUCUUGACGCAAUUCUGGGACGCCGUGGUUAUUAUGCCGGGUCUACCUCCCAACGCAGUCAUGGAUGGGGGAACAUAUAACGCACUGCAUGGACACAGCCUGGGUCUCUUCAUUUUGACAUUUGCUCUGGGCAUGAUCGACUGCAUGUCGUCGGUUACAUUUCUGGCCUACUUGGCCAACAUGCCAGCAGUCUACGCUGGUGCGCUCCUUUUUGGCGAGACGGCAUCUGGUCUACUGCCCAGCCUCUUUGCCUUGGCGCAGGGCGCAUACACGGAACCAACGUGUAUCCCAACUCCCACAGGCAAGUCCGAUAGAAAUGGUACACUGGGAUUUGUUCCAGAGUACUCAGGACCUCACUUUUCUGUGUCUACUUUCAUGGGUUUGAUCGCGGGGACGACGGUUCUAAGUCUCCUUGCUUUCACUCUGCUCGACUGCUUGCCAACAGGACUUGGUAGAUCGGUGACGCUAGCUUACCAAAAGCACCACUCCCUGCCAACAAACAAUCAGGAGGAAGAGGACGAAGUCAGCAAGAAAGCGUCAAAGAUGGCUCCAACAGUUGGUUCGGCGACUGGUGAUGAGACAACCCUAAAUGAGGUUUCGAUAAUUGCAGGUAAACCACCAACAGCCAAUCCCGAAAGUUUGUUUUGGAUCUUUUUCCUUCUCACCGGCUACUCGAGUUGCCUUACUAAUGGCCUACUACCGUCACUACAGUCCUUCUCGACAGCUGCCUACAGUACACUAACCUAUCACCUUGCUGUCACGCUUUCUGGUCUGACCGCUCCCAUCGUGGCUCUGAUCUUAACGACCGCAUACGGCUAUGAGCAAUUGGGCCUUUGCAUCAGGUCAAUCUUCUGCCGUGGCAGUCGAAAGUCGUUAAUGCAGGAUAAUCGCGAAAAGGGUGAGCGUGUUGAUAUUGACCAUACCGAUAACCAUAAGCUAAACAUGAUGCGACGUGUGAAGAGCAAAUUCGUCCAAUACACUUUUGAUUGUACGAAAUGGGCUCUGGCUCAAGUACGCCCCGAGAUGCCGUUAGAACUGAGUUAUGAACCUGUACCCAUCAUUUGCAACCAGGACUCACAAUCCACAAAUGGUGAGCAGCACACCGUUUCCGCGAUGGCCUCUGUACAAGGUAACCGACUGGCGGUUAUCCUGGUGGUCAUUAGCUUUAUUGCCUCAAUCCCUUCUGGAUACAUCGUCUAUUUGGCUGCUUCUUCGCCAGCACCACCUGCACUCGGAGGAGCAGGACCAGUCUUUGCGGCAAGUUCGAUUUCUAACAAGUUCAAUGCUUACAACUUUAAGUCAUUACGUAAAAGCCAGCUUCGCCCACUCCCUUCUUGGUGCUGCAUGCCGCGUAGGGAUAUCCGUGUUCUUGCUUGGAUCCUGAUGACCGCAGCCUUCAAUGUACAGAGGACAUGGAUCACACUGCAUUUGGUUAAGUUUGGAAGCCAGAGGAAUCUUCGUACUUUGGGAGUCGCCAAUCAGGUGGGCUCGGCCACAGGUGCUCUAGUUAGCUUCCUUUUAACAGCCAUGUUCCGUGUUUUUGAGUCCAAAGCUCCCUGUGUCUGA